AUGGCUACUAAAAAGAGAAAGGUUGAUGAUGAAUGUCGCAUUUUCAAUAAAGAAUGGAGAGAAAAGUACUUCUUUGGGGAAACAAACGACCAGAAAGCUAGUUGCCUGAUAAGCAACGAAAGUGUUGCUGUUGUGAAAGAGUACAAUAUUCGUCAUCACUACGAAGCAAAACAUCUCUCGACACAUUCUAAAUAUUCUGGAAAAUUGCGGUCCGAGAAAUUUGAAUCUAUGAAACGUAGUUUGGAAUCUCAAAGGAAUUUCUUUACGAAAAAGUUUGUUGAAAAUGAAUCUAUCAUUCGUGUAAGGUGCAAAAUAGUGAACAAGUUGGCAGAGCGAGGAAAACCAUUUACUGACGGAAACUUUAUAAAAGAGUGCAUGAUGGAAGCAGUAAAUGACUUGUGUCCUGAAAAAGCUAACAUGUUUGGCUGUAUCAGCCUUUCAGCAAGUUCAGUUGUGCGGAGAAUAGAAAAACUUGGAGAGAAUACACAGUUACAGAUACACGAGAAAGCUAAGAAAUUUUUGUGGUAUUCUCUUGCAAUGGAUAAAUCUAGUGAUCUCUCUCGUGUGUCGCAACUUCUUGUGUUCAUUUGUGGUGUUAAAUGCAACUUUGAGAUUAUAGAAGAAAUGGCACCCGUUUGCAGUAUACAUGGAACAACAACUUAA